CGCAUGCUCACGACGAACCAGAGAGAGAGCUGCAAGCAAAAAGUACAAGAGACAAAGGGAAUAAACAACUCAAGGAGUGGAGGUGAAAACAUCGAUCCAGGAGAACUUAGAGAAACAUCUCAUACUCUGAUAUAUCACAAGCACUCAAUGCUUUUCUCCGCAUGACGGCAAUUCUCACCGUGUUUAUUGUGGCAGUUGUCCGCCCUACCAGGAUUCUUCAUUGCUGACCCAUUUACUCCAAGUUUCUUUCCUGAUGUCAUUCAAAAUGGGAAGAACUGCUUCAUCCUAGUGGUUAUUAUGGUGCUCGUCAAGUCUUUGUGCAAUAACGUGGAUGCAAGCGAAUUUGCUUCUAAGAAGAUACAACAGAUCGCUUUCUUGUUUUCCCUCAUACACUUUUUAACCUAAAAGGUGCCCUGGCUCACCCUGUUCCCCUGUAGCUACCUCCCCUCCCCUUGCCACUCAUCCCAAGCAUCUGCCAGGUUGCUACGGAGAUGAUAGUGGUGACAUAGCAGGAGCAGUGAUGGGAAGUACUCCAUGUUCUGGUAAGGGGAGGGGGGUAGGGGGGUUUCAGGAGCUAGGUUGUAUGCCAUGGAAGGUAAGCAAGCAAAAAGGAGCCGUUGGUGGACGUGGGUGCGAGCUGGAGGAAAGGCAGAACGCAGGAACGCCUCACACGCCCUCGCCAACUCCUGCCAUCUAUCACGAAAAGCAACAUAGGGAGCUGUGCGCUCUGCAUGCCCUAAACAACGUCUUCCAGGAUGGAACUGCUUUUAGCAGGGAUGCACUUCAGGAUAUUUACCAAAGGCUCUCCCCUAGCACAUUGGUGACGCCCCACAAGAAAAACAUGCUGGGUAAUGGCAACUAUGAUGUGAACGUUAUCAUGGCUGCAUUGCAGACUCGUGGAUUUGAGGCCGUUUGGUGGGACAAGAGAAGGGACGUCGGGAGCAUUGCGUUGCCGAAUGUUACCGGUUUUAUCUUAAACGUGCCAUCCAAUCUGCGUUGGGGGCCUUUGCGGCUGCCACUCAAGCGGCAGCACUGGAUUGGAGUUCGAGAAGUGGGAGGAGUCUACUACAACUUGGACUCGAAACUACGCAGCCCUCAUCCCAUUGGGACAGAAGAUGAACUAAGGAAGUUCUUGCGUCACCAGCUUCGUGGGAAGAACUGUGAACUACUUUUGGUCGUGCCGGAAGAGGUGGAGGUUCACCAGACGUGGAGGUCUGAAAACUGAUGAACGAUUUGGAUCAGUUUUUUUUUUUGGGGGGGGGGGUUUAUGCAUUAAAGCAAAUGGAGUUUCAUGAAAGCACACUGGUCAGACAUGGUUUACACACACGUACAGUACAGCUGGACUCUUGCCUUGGAGGCUAACUCAGCAAAGGACACGCACAGGGAUAUCACAAGCCUACUCGACACUACACUGAUCUGAGAAUUUUGUUUGCUUUUUUGGGAUGAUUCUGAUGCAUUUUUUAUACGUUAUUUCUUUUACUUUGUACUGUUUCUGACUUGAAAGUGAGAGGUAAUGGAUUUAUUAGUGAUGUGUUCUCCCUGUGCAUCACCGUCUGACUGUCACUCUCUUUCCAUAUGAUUUCUUGUGCAUCCAUGUGAUUGUUUGAACCGUCUGUCACACAUGUUAGCCUCCUCUCUCACAUUGGAGAUCAUAGUUAAAGGUAUCCAUUUGACCGACUGUAACACAAGGGUGCAUAUGUACUUAUUUAGUGCAUGUUAUUAAAAUAUAGAAAAGGCACACAGUAGCCAUUUAAUGGCAUAUUGACAAAUGAAUUCCCUGUAUAUUACAGUACAGCAUGACAUCACAGUAAUUGGAUGUUUGUACUAAUUUAUUGUAUAUUACAAAACAAUCAAUCAAUCAAUCAUUAUUUUUUUGUAUUUGUCAGCAUUGGAAAAGAUGUGCAUUUUUUUUUUUUUUUUUUGGAAAAGCAAAACUGCUCAAAGCUUUAUACUGGUAAUAUGAAAGGGUUGUAAAAAAAACAGGCUGUUGUAAGAGAGGAAGGACUCGAAUCUGAAAUUAGGUUGAUUCAUCUUGACUUGAGAUCGAUAUUGGAUUUACUUGGCCUUAAAAUGUUUACAAGAGGAGCAGAUCACACAUUCAAAAGGGAACUCUAAUAAUGCAUCUCAGGUUAUCUUCAGAUCCAGCUUGAUUCAAUUAACACCUAAACAUCAACCUUCACUCAUAAACAAAGAUAAACAGGUUAUAAGUGUUCAAAACAGAUGCUAAAACAUUCCACAUUUCCAUAGACAGGGUGCUUUGUUACACAAUAGAGAUGGAUAAAUUCAUUUGCCAUGACAAUCUAAAUCCCCACUUCCCUUUUUAAGGGAGGUAGGGACAACAUGUGCUCAUGCCAUUGUUUUCCAUUGUUGAAAUAAAAUGCUUCUGGCACUUUAUGUAUUA